AUGCAGGCAAAGGAAAAACAGAGUACUCUCAAGCCAUACGUGGUGCAUGCGGUGGGCGACGCUACGGAAACUGCCCAGACGCCCGGAAUGGUGCGUCAGCCGGCCGUCAUGCCGGACAAGGGCGACACCACCAAGAUCUGGAUGGGUAAGGUCACGGCAGCGCCCCGCGAAAAGGGCCCUCCGCACACCCACCUGGAGGCAGAGACUGCGGCCUACGUGCUUGAGGGACAUGUGCGGGUGCUGUUCGGCGAGAAUUUCGAGGAAUGGAUUGAGGCCGGGCCUGGCGACUUCCUCUUCGUGCCAGCGCAUACCCCGCAUAUCGAGGAGAAUCCCUACGACGAGGAAAUGGUAGCUAUUCUGUGCCGGGCGCCGGACAACCUGGUACAGAACCUUUAG